AUGGCUUUGUUACGAAAAAUUAAUCAGGUGUUGCUGUUCCUCCUGAUUGUGACACUCUGUGGGAUUCUGUAUAAGAAAGUUCAUAAGGGGACUGUGCUCAAGAGUGAAACAGAUGAUGACUCUGAGACUACUGAAGAACUGGAGGAUGAGAUCCCUGUAGUGAUUUGUGCAGCAGCAGGGAGAAUGGGCGCUACAAUGGCUGCCAUCAAUAGCAUCUACAGCAACACUGACGCCAACAUUUUGUUCUAUGUAGUUGGGCUCCGGAACAAUCUGUCUCGAAUACGAAAAUGGAUCGAGCAUUCUAAACUGAGAGAAAUAAACUUUAGAGUCGUGGAGUUCAAUCCUAUGGUCCUCAAGGGGAAGAUCAGACCAGACUCAUCGAGGCCCGAGUUGCUCCAGCCUCUGAACUUCGUUCGAUUUUACCUUCCUCUGCUUAUCCACCAACAUGAGAAAGUCAUCUAUCUGGACGAUGAUGUCAUUGUACAAGGUGAUAUCCAAGAACUCUAUGACACAAGCUUGGCCCUGGGCCACGCGGCCGCUUUUUCAGAUGACUGUGAUUUGCCCUCGUUUCAGGAUGCGAACAAAAUUGUGGGGCUGCAGAACACGUACAUGGGCUACCUGGACUACCGGAAGAAGGCCAUUAAAGAUCUUGGCAUAAGCCCCAGCACAUGCUCUUUCAAUCCUGGUGUGAUUGUUGCCAACAUGACGGAAUGGAAGCACCAGCGUAUCACCAGGCAACUGGAGAAGUGGAUGCAAAAAAACGUGGAGGAAAAUCUGUACAGCAGCUCCCUGGGAGGAGGGGUGGCCACCUCCCCGAUGCUGAUUGUGUUUCACGGGAAAUACUCCACAAUCAACCCCCUCUGGCACAUAAGGCACCUGGGCUGGAGUCCAGAUACCAGAUAUUCGGAGCAUUUCCUGCAAGAAGCAAAACUGCUCCACUGGAAUGGAAGACAUAAACCUUGGGACUUCCCUAGUGUUCACAACGACCUAUGGGAAAGCUGGUUUGUCCCAGACCCUGCAGGGAUAUUUAAACUCCAUCACCACAGCAGCUGAUAUAACUUGACAAAUUUUUAAUAUUUUCUGUAUAAAAAUGUGGAAGCAUCCA